AAAAAAAUUUUUUAAAGUUUCAUAGCUAAGACAAUAAAUAAAAAUGCAAAAAUUUAAACGAGCUCAAGCAGAAAAUAAAAUAGCAAUUAAUAAACAUUUAGAAGCAAAUGCCUAUUUAGAAUCAUCUAGUGAAGAUGAAAAUGAUAGAAAUGAAGAAGAUAUGCAGAAUGUAGUCGAAAAGGUUUUAGCUUCUUAUCAAGGAAAAGAAGCAGAUGCAGAAAAAAUGUUAUCAUAUUUAAUUAAUAUUUUCCAAUCUGGCAAUGCUGUUUGCUUAAUAUGUAUUUCAACCAUAAAAAAAGCAGAUCCGAUUUGGAACUGUAACAAAUGUUUUGCUUUUUUACAUCUGUCUUGCAUUUUGCAUUGGAUACAGGAUAGUUUAAAUAUUAAACGUGAAAAAGGCAUUACAUUGAUAUGGGCAUGUCCAAAAUGUCGUAUGGAAUAUAAGCAAGAUGAUGUACCUCGUAAUUAUAAGUGCUUUUGUGGAAAAUCUAUUGAUCCACCAUAUCAUCCAUGGAAUAUUCCACAUUCGUGUGGAGAAACUUGUGGUAAAUCCUUAAAACCAGAAUGUGGUCACAAAUGUGUUUUACUUUGUCAUCCUGGGCCAUGUCCUCCUUGUGCAAAAACAGUAUCUAUCAAAUGCUAUUGUGGCAAACAAAUGCCUCAACAACGACGAUGUAAUGCUAAAGAAUGGAGCUGUGGCACUAUAUGCAAUAAAAAAUAUAAAUUAUGUUCACAUACUUGCAAGGAAAUAUGCCAUUCAGGAGAAUGUCCACCUUGUUCAAAAGUAUUAUUAUUGGAAUGUCACUGUAAGAUUAACAAAGAAUUAAAACAAUGCUAUGAAAGUUCAUGGACUUGUGAUAAACCUUGCGGCAGACUUCUUUCUUGUAAUGUUCAUACAUGCUUAGGUAAAUGUCAUUUAGUUAAUGAUUGUGGAUCUUGUUUAUUGGAACAAAAUAGAACAUGUCCAUGUGGAAAAAAACGUUAUGCCAUUUCAUGCAAACAAGAACAAUUACCUACAUGUGGAGAUACAUGUGGAAAAUUAUUGAAUUGUGGUUCACAUUACUGCAAUAUGAGAUGUCAUAUAGAUCGGUGUGGACAAUGUUUAGAGGUAGUCACAAAAUCAUGUAGAUGUGGCAAUUAUCAAAAAGAAAUUGCAUGUGGUAAAGAAUUUCAUUGCAAUAAGAAAUGCACGCAAAUGCGUUUGUGCGGUAGACAUUUAUGCAACAAAAAAUGUUGUGAUUGCUUAAUUAAAAAUACAUAUAAUAUUUGUGAAAAAAUAUGUGAAAAUACUUUAAACUGCCGCAAACAUAAAUGUGCCGCUCCUUGUCAUAGUGGUCCUUGUUAUCCGUGUGCACGAACUGAUAUUAUUCAGUGUAAAUGCGGAUACAAUAAAAUAAUAGUACCAUGUGGUACGAUAAAAAAAAUCAAACCUCCAGCUUGCAAUAAAUCAUGUAAAAUACCGCCAAUUUGCCAUCAUCCAAAACGAGAAACUCACAAAUGUCAUCAAGGUCCUUGUCCACCUUGCAAAAAAAUUUGCAACUUAGUAUAUAAACGAUGUGGUCAUCUUUGUGUCGCUAUUUGUCACACAAAAGUAUGGGUAAAAGUAUAUAAAAAUGAUACAAAGAUACAACCAACUGGACCUUGGGAUAUACAAAAAGAAACUAUGCAGCUAAAAACAUUACCUUGUCCACCAUGUGAAGUUUCAGUACCAAUUACAUGUUUAGGAGAACACGAGACACGUCCGUGGCCUUGUCAUAUGGCUAAAUCUACUUCUUGUGGAAGAUUAUGUGGGAAAAUAUUAUCAUGUAUGAAUCAUACAUGUAAAUUAAUUUGUCAUAAAAUAUCAUUUUCUAAAGAAGAUAUAAGUGGUACUCCAUGCAUGGAAUGUGAAAAACCAUGUCUAUUUCCACGACCACAAGGCUGCACGCAUUUAUGUCCGAAACCUUGUCAUCCUGCACCAUGUAGUCCCUGCAAGCAAUUAAUUAAAAUUUUAUGUCACUGUGGUAUAAGUACUUUAUACCGCAGAUGUUCAGAACUUACAUCAGCUAAAGCAGAACAACGUAAUGAAUUGCUUAAAUGUGGAAAUCAAUGUCCAAAAAAUUAUUCUUGUGGACAUCGAUGUAUAAAUGAUUGUCAUCCAGGUCCAUGUAAGAAUGAAAAAAAAUGCAAUAAGAAAGUGAAACUAUUUUGUGAAUGCAAACGUAUUAAGAAAGAUUUUAUUUGUUCAUUGAUACAAAAAGAUGAAAUUUGCAUAAAAUGUGACGAUGUUUGUAACAAAUUAAAAAUAGAAAAACGUCAAGCUGAGGCUGCUUUAUUAGAACAAAAACGGCAAGCAGAAGAAAUACGUAAUCAACAAGAAAUCGAAAAGUUUGAACGAAAAUUUAAACCUCGUCGUAAAGGAAAAGAUAAAUUCGAUAAAAGACAAUUAUUGAAUGAAAAUUGUAAUAAUUAUAGAAAAUAUUGGAUUUUAGCCAUUUUAAUAUGUUUUAUAGGUAUUGGAAUAUUUUGUGCAAGCAUUCAAAAAUUUUAAACAAAAAUAUUUAUUAAAUCUUAUGUGUACAAUAUUUGUUAUUUUAAAAAGAAAAAAUCUAAGAUUUUUGUUAUAUAAUUAUAUUUUUAUUUCUAAUUUAAUAAAUUAUUUGAAUCU